AGACAUUUUCUGCUAUUGCAUUGAAAUAUUUUUAUGAUGAACUGUUAAUAUUGUAGCACAUACCGGCAACUUAAGAUAAUCUCAAAAGGUUUCAAUGUGGUUCAAUGCUAAUGUCAUUUGUUUACAAUAAGAGUUGUCAUUAAACGAAUACGAAGCCUUCCAGAAUAAGAGCUAAUCGAAAUUCAUAUUCGAGAAUACAGUCGAAGGUUAUAAACAAAAACCGCAAUGAGCAUUUCAGCUAAAUUCGGUAUUAUCAGAACGUCAAAUUUUCGUAGCAUAUCGCCAAAUGAUAGCAACAUCGGGAGGAUGAAUAAAACGAAAGUGUUGCAGCUUCUAUCACGGGUAUGGAGUGGACCGAAUGGAGCCGUGGGAGGUAAACAAGCGGAACAGAAAAUGUUGGAGAUCUUGAGGAACAAAUUUCCAAACGCACAAGUAAUCGAGGUCACCGAUGUAUCCGGGGGCUGUGGAGCAAUGUUCGAGGUGAACGUUACUGCUCCAGAAUUCCAAGGUCUGAGUACCAUUAAACAACAUCGAAUUAUUAAUGAGGCACUAAAAAAUGAAAUAAAAGACAUGCAUGGAAUACGUAUACAUACGAGUAUACCUGAAUAAAGGGAAAAUGAAUUUUAAUAUAA